AAAAAAAAAAAGUACCUAACUAGAACAAACAAUCUGAUCCAUACUUUUUCAUCAGUACUAAGUUUCCAUUAACUCCGAAACUGCAAAGUACUAGAUUGUCCACACUUGCGACUUUUCCAACUAUAAAGCUUGAAUCGCUUGUAGUUUAGUAAGUUAAGAGGUCGCUUAAGCGUUUGAAGUUUUGAGUUCGAUUCUUGCUUGCUUCAACAUCGUUUCUGUUAAACGAACUCUACUACUCUCGUACCUAGAAAUGGAUGCUUUCUCUCAUUACUACGUGGACCCGCAGCCGGAAUCGUCGUCCGCUUCUGACGCCAACAGUUCUCGCCCCAUGUUCAUGAACUUGUCGGACGAGGAGGUCCUGCUGGCGUCCACUUACCCGAAGAAGCAGGCUGGACGGAAGAAGUUUAAAGAGACAAGGCACCCUGUGUACCGCGGUGUCCGGAGGAGGAACUCCGGCAAGUGGGUGUCCGAGGUCCGGGAGCCCAACAAAAAGACAAGGAUUUGGCUGGGAACAUUUCCCACAGCCGAAAUGGCCGCGCGCGCUCAUGAUGUGGCGGCCAUUGCGCUGAGGGGGAGGUCGGCUUGCCUCAACUUUGCCGACUCUGCGUGGCGGCUACCAGUCCCGGCCUCCGCCAACGCGAAGGAUAUUCAAACUGCCGCGGCGGAAGCAGCAGAACAGUUUCGGCCGGUGGAAGAGUCGGAUGAGGCUUGUGGUGCUUCUGCGGUGGCUCCCUCGGAGUGCACGUCAGCGCCGGAGCAACAAGUGCAUUUUAUGGAUGAGGAAGCGGUUUUUGGGAUGCCGGGACUGCUGGCAAAUAUGGCGGAAGGAAUGCUACUGCCUCCACCUCAUUACAAUGCCGAUGAUGUCGUGGAUGUUUAUGCGGACGUGCCAUUAUGGAGUUUUUCCAUUUGAUCUCUUUUCAGUUUUAGCUUAGUGUAGUCUCUACUCUCUAGAACGCAAAAAAGCUGCUUCUGUGAGCGAGUCUUAAAUUUUGUAGUAAUCUUUGGCUUGUAAAAGUGCUUUUUCUCCGUACAAAAAUUUGAUUAGUAUGGAAGCACGUAUAGGAAGAAAAGAAGAAAAAAUAAAAGUCAAAUAUAUGUACCACGCAGAUGUACCGUGUAUAAAUUUAUAAUAUAAUCGAGAAAAAUUAUUUGUGAACUAA